GAAUAUUAUAUAAAUAUAUAUUUUACAUAUAAAAAAAUUCAAAUAUUAUAUAUAUAUUAUAUCGAUUUGAUAUACAUGUGCUGAAAUAUCCAAGUGAGACAGUUGACGUGAAUUGGAUUCAUUACAUUUUCCCGAGAAAAUUGCAAAAUUUGGCUCCAUGAAUAACUUCUCCCGGAUCUUCAUCACUUUCUUCUUCCUCUUGAUCGCCGUUUUCUUCAUUAAAUCAUCAUGCUCCGACAUCAUUAAUCCAUCUAAAGUCAAGCAAAUCUCAUGGAAACCUAGAGCUUUUGUGUAUGAAGGUUUCCUUACGGAUGAAGAAUGUAAUCAUUUGGUAUCUCUUGCGAAAAAAGAGUUGAAAAGAUCAGCUGUGGCAGAUAAUGAGUCUGGGGAAAGUAAGCUUAGUGAGGUCAGGACUAGCUCCGGAAUGUUCAUUAGCAAAGCAAAGGAUCCUAUUGUCACAGGGAUAGAGGAGAAGAUUGCUACUUGGACUUUUCUACCUAAAGAGAAUGGAGAAGACAUACAAGUCCUAAGAUAUGAGGAGGGACAGAAAUAUGAGCCACACUAUGAUUACUUCAGUGACAAGGUUAAUAUUGUUCGCGGUGGACACCGCUUAGCCACUGUGCUCAUGUAUCUCAGUGAUGUCGAGAAAGGUGGUGAAACUGUUUUCCCUGAAGCAGAGGAAUCAAGCCGACGUAGGUCAAUGGCUGCUGACAACAGUUUGUCCGAGUGUGCAAGGAAGGGUAUUGCUGUAAAACCUCGUAAAGGAGAUGCACUUCUCUUUUUCAGUCUCCAUCCAAAUGCAAUUCCUGAUCCUAUGAGCCUCCACGGUGGGUGCCCUGUUAUUGAGGGUGAGAAGUGGUCAGCAACAAAGUGGGUUCAUGUGGAUUCAUUUGACAAAACUGUGGGCUCUGAAGGACAUUGUGCCAAUCACAAUGAGAAUUGUGAGAGAUGGGCUGCACUUGGGGAAUGCACCAAGAAUCCAGAAUAUAUGGUUGGAAGUACAGAUCUGCCAGGAAGCUGUAGAAAGAGCUGCAAAGCUUGUUAACUUGUUAUACUUAAUUCUUCCACUUAAAUCAGUUCAGAAACAGCAACUUCUUUUUCUUUUUCAGUUGUUUGUCUUCUGUUUUUUCAGGUGAUAUCGUCCGUUGGGUCGUGUUCUUACUAUUUUACUCAAUUUUACAAGUAUCCUUCUACUUGUUUUCUUUCUUCCAGUCUCCAGAACAAAGUUCGUCUUUGUGGCUGUCACACAAACACAUGUAUACUACAUAAAUGUAACAUUACGAGAAUGCAGAGACUAAUUAGUCUGUCACUCGGUAUUUACCAUCUUAUACAAAUUGAUACUCCCUUUGUUUCGUUUUA